AUGAUUUUGUUGACAAGAGUUAUAAAAUAUUAUUUGGUUUUAAUUUAUUUAUCUUACGUGGCACUCCAAGGACCACCUAGGAACGAAUUUGAGAGGAAUGCACCUUAUGGCUCUACAUUUAAAUCAGUUGUGUGUGACAAUUUUGCUGAUAAUUUAAUGCAUUUGAGGAACUGUAGUGUUAAAGCUUAUACAAGAAACUUUACAACUUUAAACUUUGGACUAAGUUUUCGUCAAUCGAUAAAAAAACCAAUUUUCAUGAAAAUUGUCUUAAUGUAUAGAUAUGGAAAUAUUUAUCGUGAUGUACUUAAUAAGAUCAUUGAAAUUUGUUCAAUAUUCGCUAAUCUCGAUGCGAAUCCUGUUUUCUUGAGUUACAUAGACAUUUUUGAAAAGUCUGUUAAAAGUCAUUUCCACAAAUGUCCAUAUUCCGGUAGUGAUGACUACAUGAACUUAACAAUUGACGAAAGUUCGCACAGAAAUAAUUUUUUGAAUCCAGAAGGAUUUUUUAAAGUUUGUGUGACACUUUUGAAGCCUGCUGAUAAGCCACAUGCUAGAUUAUGCACAGUUUUGUUAUGUUAA